GCAAAGUGUAGCAUUGAGAAGCAGAGAGUGAGACAUUGGGCAAGCUUCCUGUAGAGAGGAUUCCCCUUUGAAAGAAAGAAGAGAUUAUUUAAGAGUCCUGGGACAUUAGUUGAAAAGAAAGUCUGAUUUGACCUUUGAUCAAGUUGAUAAACAGACAUUUCUGGACAUCAUGGAUGGAGAAUCGUCCAGCCAGGAGACAUCUGGGUCAACAGAGACAGCCAGUCAGACUGACACCAACAACAACCAGACUGAUGAGCCAGAGCUGGAGAAGAGUAAAGACACAGGGAGCGAGCCUCCAGCAGGAGAGACAUUGGAAGGUCAGGGGGUAAUGGAGAAGGAGGAGGAGGGGGAGCAGGGGGAGCAGGGAGAGGAGGAGGAUUCAGUACCAGAGCAGGGAGCAGAAGAGGAGCCCAGUGCUGGAAAUACAGACAAUCCCCAGACCCCUCCAUCAAAGCAUGUUGAAGCUGACACUGAAGAGGCUGAAGACAAAGUCUCCACUGAUGUCGACGAGAAACAUCCUGAAACAACAGGUGGAGAAAAAGAUGGGGAGGGAGAGAGGAAGGAAGACAAGAAAGGUGGGGAGGCGGAAAAGGUCAAGACUUGCAAAACUGAGAGAGAUGGAGAGGAGAUGACAGACAAAACGAAAGAGAAAAAGAAGAAGAAAACAGAGGACAAGUCUAAAGAAGCAGAGAAGGAUGUUAAUGAAAAAGCAGUAAAAGGGGCAGAGAAGAAAAAACAGGUUGAGAAAGUGGAUUUAGAAACGACAGACAGAGGAAAGGUGAAGGAGGUAGAAAAGCAAGGGAAGCCCAAAAGAAAGAGUGUUCCUCCCUCUUCUUCUUCUCUCUCCCGACCGAGACCCUCUGCACGCUCUAUUAGAGCAGCCGCUAAAAAUGACAUCAUUGCCAAAUUCCAGCAAGGUGCACCAGAGACACCAACACCCCGCAACUUCAAAAUUCAGAGGUCAUCUACGGCCUUGGCUACAGGAGCUUCAAUCAAACAGAAGAUGCUUCAGUGGUGUCGCAACAAGACUCGCAACUAUGAGGGUGUCAACAUAGAAAACUUCUCAUCCUCCUGGUGUGAUGGGCUGGCGUUCUGUGCUCUGAUCCAUCGUUUCUUUCCUGAAGCUUUUGACUUCAGCUCCCUGGAUCCAAAGGAGAGGCAGAAAAACUUCACUCUGGCCUUCCAAACUGCAGAGUCCCUGGCCGACUGCUGCCCUCUGCUGGAAGUGGAGGACAUGAUCAUGAUGGGUAAACACCCAGACCCCAUGUGUGUGUUCACAUAUGUCCAGUCCCUCUGCCACAGCCUCUCUAAAAUAGAGAAAGAGAGGAAAGACAAAGAACAGGAGGAGAAAGACAAAAAGAAUGGCAAUGAGGGGGAAGAGAAAGAGAAAGGAGAGGUGUCUCCGGAGAAGGACGAGGGAGAGUCUGCUGCUGAGAACGGUACGAUGGAGGGCCAAGAGGAGAAACAGGAAGAGACAGAGGGUGCUGGCGAGGAAGAAAAUGCAACAAACAGCUGUGAGAUGGAAGGAGAUGGAGGAGGGUUGGUCAAAGGAGAGUCCUAGAGAAAUACUGAUGCAAACAGAAAGACUGAAAAGACCAAAAGGAUUGUUGAUGGUUGCAGUACUUCAAUGUUUAAGUCUUAGUUUUUAACUACUGACACUGUGAUAUUAGUUAGCUGUAUGUUUGAAAGUGCACUAUGCCUAUGCUGUGUUUUUGUUCCACAUGUUUGUUUUGAGCACAUAAAGCAGAAAUGUUCAGUUCCUGCAUUUGCUGUGUGUUUAUAGAAACAAAUAACUAAAUGAUGGAAUUGGAAAUUGGAACGUUGAAAAUCUUCGCGCUGAAGGGACAUGUGAUGCUCAGCCAAGAUGAAUGGGAAUGAAUUAUGACAAUAUGAUGGAUGAUAUAUUCACAUUCAUAGUAUUUUGAAAUACACAAAUUGUAGGCUUUAUAGAGAAG